AUGGAGAUUGGAUGUAAACUCUCGAAGCUUAUCCAACGUCUUGAAGUUGCUGGAAAACGAGAGAUCAAGAAUCUGGUCAAGAGAUACGAGGACAAGAAGCAACCCGUAAGGUGUAUUAUAAACAACGCUUUUGUGCCGUGGGUGUGUGACGUGGCUGAUAAGCUUCAAAUCCCUUCGUCUGUUCUUUGGGUCCAGUCUUGCGCUUGUCUCACCGCUUAUUAUUAUAACCAGAACCAGUUAGCUAAGUUUCCGACCAAAACAGAACCGGAGAUCAACGUUGAAGUCCCUUUCAUGCCAUUAGUGUUGAAGCAUGACGAGAUCCCAAGCUUUCUUCACCCUUCCUGUCAAUACUCCAUUUUCGCAGACCUCAUUUUACAGCAAAUUAAACGACUUCCAAAGACCUCUUCUGUUCUCAUAGACACUUUUGAAGAACUAGAAAGAGACAUCAUCGACCACAUGUCUCAGCUAUGCCCUGAAGUCAUCAUCAAUCCCAUCGGACCCCUCUUCAUGAUGGCUAAAACCACGAGCUCUGAUAUCAAGGGAGACAUCUCUGACUCUGCAAAUCAGUGCAUGGAGUGGCUUGACUCGAAAGAACCAUCCUCCAUCGUUUACAUCUCCUUUGGGACUGUAGUCCACGUGAAGCAAGAGCAGAUCGACGAGAUCGCUCACGGCCUUCUAAACUCCGGCUUAUCCUUCUUAUGGGUGGUUCGGCCUCCUACGGAAGGGUUAUCCCGAGCACCACAUGUGUUGCCUCGAGAGUGA